GACUUCGUCUUCCUGAACAAGGGGAUCCUGAGUUACAUGCGGGGCAUCCGGCGCUUGGUCCGAGAGCGCCUCCGGGACUACCUGUACCUGACCGCAGAGGAGCAGGGGGACAACCAGGAGGGCGUGAAGGGCGGUGGCCAAGAAGAUGCCGCAGGAAAGCCUCAGGAUGUCAUUGGUGCCGGGCUUGCAGGUAUCCAGCAGCUCCAGCAGCUGCAGUUACGCAAGGACGCGAGUGCUGUGGCGUUCUUGGAAUGGAUCUAUGAGGCUGGGCAGGCAGUGGGCUCGAUCACGGAUCGGGCAUCUACAUGGUGGAGUGCCAACCUCGACCUCGCGAUGACGGCCUACCACAAGUUCCAGGCGGAGACCCCGUUGAAGCGGCUGACGAUUCAGGCCGGCGAGGACGCCCGGAUCGACAACGAGAAGUGGUCCCGUUUGGAGAAACGGGUCAUGACACUACUGCUUGCGGCGAUGUCCCCCUCCAUCAAGGCCGACAUCACAAUGCUGAGGAUCCACCGGGUGAAGGACUGCCUCUUCAAGCUCUACACAAUCUUCGCUCCCGGUGGGGCAAGCGAGAGGGCAAGCCUUAUCAAGCAGCUCGAGCAUAUCCCAUCUCACGCGAGUGUGGUGGAAACAAUAGCUGCCUUGAGGAGAUGGAAGAAGCUGAUGGGCCGGGCGGCUGAGAUGGGUGUGUCGUUGCCCGAUGGGAGUGUGCUUCUCAUGGCCCUGGAAGGAGCAACUAAGCAGAUCACUGAGGGCAACAAGGACAUCAGCUUCAAGCUGAACAUGGCCAAGAGCGAGCUGGGAUUGCCCCACAAGCCAACCCUCUCCAGCGUCCUCGUGUACUCAGACCACAUCGCAGCGGAGCUCCAGCAGGUGAUCCCCUUCAACAAGGACCAGGCGCCCAAGCUGAAGGCGGUGAACACGGACACAGGAUCACCGGUCUCUACGGCAACCUCGCCUUCUGGAAAGGGUCAGGGACAGAAACAGCCCUGCAAGUUCUGGCUCACAGACGAGGGUUGCAGGCGUGGGGCCAGCUGUAAGUAUGGACAUGUCUUCCAGUCGAAGGAGGAUAAGAAGGCCAGAUGCUGGACGUGCGGUGCGACGACCCAUCGCCAAUCGGAGUGUCCUACGAGGUCUGGUGGAAAGAAGGGCAAGAAGGAUGGUGGAGCCCUCAACAGCUACUUCAACCUCUACGGCUUCGGCAACCAGUGUGACUUUGGAACAUCCUGCACAACAAGCCCCGACCUCAACGGCAUCUACUACCUUUCCAACCUCAACAGGGACUGUGGGUCCCCAACCACAACAAGCGUCCAGUGGGUCGUCGUCGGCAGCCUCAACUAUUCUGCGCAGACCGACGAGGCGGUGAUGGACCUGGAGCUUUUAUUGAGGUCGCAGGGUUUCGAGCAGCACCAAGGCAUGGCUUUAUUGGAUAGCGGGGCAUCUCAUGCCUACCGUGCCCCGCGCACCGUGGAGGAGACGAAGACUGCCAAGCGUGUCCGAGUGCAGUUGGCUGACGGCCGUGCGGUGUAUCUACGACAAAACCCUGGAGGCACUUUGUUGUCGGAGGAGGAGGGUGGCGACACGAUCCUCCCGCUGGGCAGCCUUGUGGAGUCCCUGGGCUGUCGCCUCGAAUGGACGCGUCGCCAUGGAUUGCGAGUACAUCAUCCACGGUACGGCCUUCUUCCCACAAAGCUCAUUGGCAACACCCCAGUGCUCCGUGAGGCCGAAGCCCUUCAGCUCAUCGCUGACAUGGAACAAGUGGAAAUGGACAAGCUCGAGGCCAACGUGACGGAGGGAGCGAUUCGAACGCUCUCGGUGGACGAGGCUCCAGCAACGUGGUUGGAUCACCUCGAGGAGUUUAUCAGCAAGGGGGACAGAGCGUGCCUGAGGAGAAUGCUCCUGGACGAGGAGUCCCCGGUGAAGGCCCUAUCCGAGCAGGAGGUGACUUCCCUCCUAGGUGUGGAGGAGCGGUUACUCUUGUCUGAUGAUGCGGGUGCUCACUACUUGAAGGCGCUUCCUGUAAAUCGGGCCAUGCGAAAACGCCUCCUACGGACUCGAUGGGUGGUUCACUUGUACAAUGGUGAUGAACUAGGGCCAGAAUUCGCCCGAGCGGAGUCCGACGAUGUGACGGUGAUCCGGAUGGACAUGAAGGAUUCCAAGGCCUAUGAUCUUCGGUUCGCCAAUGGGGCCGUGCGUGCUCUUAUGUGGGCAGCAGCAAGGGGCCAGAUCGAAGCUGUACUUGGAGCGCCUCCCCGAGGGUCGGAACACAGCUCGCUCCUCUUCAAGCGGAUGAUGUUGUUGUGGCUGGUGGCCAACUCUGGUGCAGCCCUUAAUGCUUUAUGUGCCCCUUCCUUCACUCUGGAGCUGCCGACCUGGCAUCACUUCUGGACCAGCUCAGCAUGGCUUUCCUUCAGAGACGAAUUGAGGUUUCUUAAGUACCACUCGGUGGCUUGUCAGGGCAACUUGUACUUCCUGGCGUCUUCGCUGGAGCUGUCUGAUGGCCUUGAUGUGGAUGAAGCUAUGAUUCCCACCUUGAACUAUGCUACUCCAGCUUCUUCCUGGCCUUCAACCUUCAAACUUGCCUUGGCGCAGGCCUUGCUCAACUGGAGGCGAAGCGACAUGAGGCGCCACGAGGCUGUGUUGAGCAAGCUGAUUGGGAAUCGGGAGUUGAAUGCAAAGGACUUGGAGUAUUGGCAGUGCCUCACUCCGAGCGCAUACUCGCUUUCCCUGGAUAUUGCUGGACCUAUGAGAACAAAGGGGGAGUCACCAGAUGGCAAGAAGUACCGGUACCUCUUGGUUGGAGCCUAUACGCAUCCCAAGCUCGAUCUUCCCAAGGAUAUCCCCUUUCCAGAUGAUGAGGACGAGGAGAUUGAGCCAGAGCUCGACCCGUUCGAGGAGGAUGAAGGGGCAGCUGUGCCAGAUGAGGAGGAGGAUGAUGAGCAGAAGGAGAUGAACAAGAGGUUCCAGAAGAUCUAUGAGGGUAUCGGUGACAACAUCGAGUACCAGACGCUCCACUUUGCGGUUCCCAUGAACACCCGGACAUCCAAGGAAGUCCGGUCCAAGAUCCAGCAGAUUUAUCUGCAACUCCGACAACAUGGACUACCAUUGGUGCGAAUCCACUCUGACCGAGGACUGGAGCUCAAGGCCAAGGAGACAAGGGCUUGGAUGGCGGACCGCGACAUCCUGGCAACAACAGGUGAGAGCCAACAGCCUCAACAAAACGGUCGUGCUGAAGCCCUGGUUCGGACGAUCAAGAGGAGGGUGAAAACUUUGUUGCGGUCGGCAGGCCUCCCUAUAGCGUGCUGGCCCUCAGCGGCGGAGUUUGCAGCGAGAAGGCAAAGGGAUUUGGCCCUUGGGAACUAUGAGGACAAGGAUCUACCCUAUGGUGCCCCUACGCACGUGAAGUACAAGCGUUUCGGAGAAGGAGGCCGCUACGACCUCUUGGAGCGAUGGAAGGAGGGAGUCUUUGUUGGCUACUCCAACGAUGUAUCGCUAGGGAGGGUUGUGAGACACAGCGAUGGUUCGUACACAACCUCUGUACACAUCCGCCCCUACCUCAUCGACACCGAGGACCUGGUCGAGUUUGGACCUCACGAGGUGGAAGUUCCAGUCCCGGAGAGGCGCGUUCGAGGGAAGGCCUCGGUCGCCCAGCUUCUACAGGAUCCUAUCAAUGAUCUGGACAGAGCAGCGAAGAAGUACAUUGAUGAGGGCAAGUACGAUUUGGAAACAGUCGUGGAGCUGUGGGAAAUGCUGAGAUCAAGGGCCCGGCGAACUACCCGAAACACCCAAGGCGAAGGACUUCAAUGGAUGGUGGGCCAGUAUACGCAUGGAGGCCAGUGUGGUGUGGUCAAUGACACCAAUGCCUAUCCGUUUGUGACCCUCUACCUAGUGAAGGCCUUCAAGGAGCUGACGGGCGUCAACGAUUUCACCUCGCUUCUCAUCACUGAGGAUGUGGGAAUGAAAUGCCACCGGGAUGUUCACAACUAUGUGGUGUGUGGCUGGAAGCGGACCCCGGAUCCUACAGCUUCCAAGAUGAGUGGCGACAACUACCAAACCGGGGAUGGAGACGAGGGCGGGUACACGAACUACAACCUGGAGACGACGGCUGGUGAUGACCACAUAUACUCCAAGAACUUCUUCUAUGAGGACCCGGAUGUCAACGAGGCGAUCCUCUUCCUGGUAAAGGAAGCCGAAGGGGAGAGGCGCCAACGAACUCAGCAGAUCAGUGAGGAACUUCAACAACUACAAGAGGAUGUUUUGGGGCGUCUGAAGGAGAGGAGGGAAUGGUUACAAGAGUUCUUGGCUGAGGAGGAGAUCCUGGCGGAGGAGAUUGGUGUUGUGGGAGAAGCCAUCAACGAGGAGAUCAUGGGCAUCAACGACCUGGUCAGGGACUUGAUCCAGGAUGUGGAGAAGCAGGUCACGGAGGUGGAAAGGAAAUGCGAGAGCCUCUACCUAAGGGUGGCCAACGUCGAUGAUGACAAGGAGAUUGGAGACAUUGAAGAGUACCUGGCCAACCUCAAGAAGGACCUGGAAGUGACGCUGGAUGUCCCGCUCGAUCAGGUCAAGCACAACUUGGACCGGUGGGUGGAGCCGAUGGCCAAGGAGCUAGCGAACCUCGAAGAGAAGACGGGUGCCAUCGAGCGAUGGUCAAUUGCCGAGGCCCGCAAGCUGGAGAGCGAAGGGCGACUUAUCCUUAUUCCAGGAAAGGUCGUCUGCACAGUUAAGCCCCCAGCACCUCUGGGUCCAGGUUCCCCGCCGAGUACAACGCCGCGCUGGAAACGAAAGGCUCGGGUGGUGAUUUGUGGAAACCUGGCGGGCCAAUUGCACGACCCGAACGACCUCUUCGCGGCGGGAGCAAGUGUGGAAGGUUUGCGCUUGGCGCUGGCCAUUGCGGUGUCUAUGGGCUGGUGUGUUGCUUCAACGGAUGUUUCUGCUGCCUUCCUUCAGGCGAAAUGGCCACGAGACAGGCCCACCUAUGGUGUCCUGCCGCCGAAGGUUCUUCAGCAAGCUGGACUAGUGGAACAUGGCGUGGUGUUCAUUGUCCGAAGGGCGUUGUAUGGUUUGCGGGAAAGCCCCGCCUUGUGGGCGGCACACCGGACCGAGGUCCUCGAGAAGCUCUCGGUGGAUACAAAGGAGGGAAGAGUCUUCUUGAAGCAGAUGACCACGGACAGUGAGCUGUGGAUGAUCUUGUUGGAGCCUACCCAGGGUGCCAAACCGAUCUUGCGAGGCAUCCUUGUGACCUAUGUGGACGACCUCCUCUACUUGGCGGCAAGGGACAUUAUCACCAGCCUCCACGAGAAGAUUGGCUCUAUUUGGCCGUGUUCCGAACUGGAGUUUGCAACGGAGGGUCUGAGGUACCUUGGCAUGGAGCUGGUUCAGGAGGAGUCUGCAGUGACCCUUUCUCAAGAGGCCUAUGUGGACAACCUGGUGAGAUUACAUGGGCUGGACCCGCAGUCCAAAUCGGGCCUGCCGUGUCCUAAAGAGUGGCUUCAAGAUGAAGACUUCAACGAUGUUGCUGAGAACUUCGAUGAGGAGGAGCUAAGACGAGCACAGAAGGUCACAGGCGAAUGCCUGUGGCUGGCCUACCGUACUCGCCCUGACAUCCUGUUCGUGACGAACUACAUGGCCGCGAUGACCUCCAAGAAGCCAGUGAAGGUUUACGAUGUGGGCUUGAAAGUGAUCGCUUACCUGAACUCAACCUCCACGUUGAAGUUGAGA